AUGGAAAUUGACCUUUCGUCCUUUCUCAUACUUAGAUUUGUUGGAAUUGCACAAUGCUUUGGGGAUAAAUUGGUGAAAGAUGCCUUGAAGCAGAACGAGCACGAACAUGGCCCCGGCGUGGCACUCUUUAAAGCAGCCACAGCUUUUGUGGAUGUGAUGGAAGAUAGUGAGGAGGUGGAUUUCAAGGGGAGUAAAAGGCAAUCCAGCCUAGAUAAUAGAUGGGAAGAAGUAGCCUUCAGUGGUGUGGCUUUAAGUGCUCCUAGAGGGAUAUCCAGAUUGGGGGUCGGCCAAGAUUCAAGACCUCUGCCGGAUGUCGCCCUGACGGGAAAGUGCACCCGGGAAUGCGACGAGUAUGGCCACUCCGAUUCCUGUUGGAUGCCUGUCCGCACGUCACCCGAACGGAAGCCCAAGAGCCAGCCCAAACUCUCCACAUUCAUGCCUGUCGAUGAACGGGGCAGUCCGGAGAAGCUGGCCAACGGAGAGGCCUCCCUGAUGGGCGAUCGCAACAGAAACCUCCUGAACAAAAAGUUGACCUCGUCUUAUGAGACCUUCAGUGUAGCUAGCUUCAGCAAAAGCGAAGAAACCAACCCAGAGGAUAUCCCCCUGGCACAGACAGGGGAAUACAAGCCAUCUCCUAUCAACACUUUAUCUCGAAGGGAAGUUUACCUCUAGGGGAUCCGGAAGUAACAAUGCCGGUUCUUUCCCAGAGCAAAAGGCCCAAAGCCGAUCACUCGAAACCA